GAGUAAACUUUACUUUAGUGCCUUUCUGGUGUUAUUCAUUUUGCUUAUACAUAGACUAAUAUGAAAGAUGUGAGUUAAAUGCCUACUUAAGACGAACGUGAAAAAUAAGUGCGUACUUGAUGAAAAACAAAUGAAAUGACUGAUUUUAAGAACAGGCUAUAUUGCAUUCUGUGAACCUAAUAUGAAAAUGUGUAUGUAAAGGGUGGGUUAGAGUUGCCGAAACGAAUUGAUAAAUCGCUAUUUUGAUUGUAUUGCAUGUUGUAAAAAGUUUCUUACUACUAGAGCUAGAAAGCCAAGUAAAUAUGUGUUUUAUAGAGGAAUUUUUGCUAUACUUUUCUGCAUAACAUAAAACGUCUUACAACGUCCAAUGCAAUCAAAAUAGCAGUUUAUCAAUUGGUUUCAGUAAUUCUGGCCAUCCUUUAUGUCCAACUAUAGUGCAGACUUUAGUCUGUCCGUUGAUAAAAGAAUAGUUGCUUUAGCAAUUUUCUCUCGUUUGUUACGAUUAAGGAAAGUUGUAGACAUUUGAGAGUUUUAAAGUUAAAAAGAAGGUCACUUUAUGACUGAAAUGUUAACUAUAUAUUUUUGUAAGAAAUAAUCAAUGAAGAAAUGUUUUAAAACACAUACAGUAAAUUAAAUUUUAUUAGAAGUUUCAGCUCCGUAGCUGUUAUAUUUACUGACGUUUUAAUCUGAAUUAGCUUCUGUAUUUUUAUCUUGUACUUAGCGGCAUCAGAAGUUUCGUUUUUUGCUAGCGGAAUAGUUUUAUUUUUUCCAAAACAAGAUCCUGCGGCGAAAAAAGAAUUUUUUUAUCACUUUCCUCAGAAAUCUUAUGUAAGAUUGUACUGAAUGCCUUCCAUCCUACUCUGAGUUUCCAAGCGCGCCCAUGGUUGUAAGAUCACGUAAAGCAAACUUCGAGUGAAAUUUAUUUUUGACUUUAUUAUACAUAUUCGGAUUCCGUUCAACCAGCUGAUCCCGAAUAAUACCUUCCGAGCCCGCAAAACCAUUUCUUAAUGGAGAAAACUGAUAAAUUCAGAAAAAUAUGGCUCGAACUUUUCAUCUUGCAAUACAACCUCAAAAAGUCCAUUUCAUCAUAGAGGACAGUGCUUUGUUUUCUGAGAUCCUCUCAGUAAUUUGAGUUUUUUUUCCGUGAAGAAAUGAUUUUCGGAGGCUCGGAAGGUAUUAUUCGUGAUCAGCUGGUUGAGCUGAAUCCGAACAUGUAUAAUAGGAAUAAGUUUUUAGUGUUAUUUAAAAUAAGAAUACUAGUUCACCAAACCCGUGGUAACACGAAUUGCGAAAAUCAACCAAUGACUGCUGACUAGCAAGCAAAUCUCUUAAGGAAGUAUAAAAAAAUCACACACAGCAUCGACUAGCCUGUUCCCGUCGUUGUUGUCUUGGACAAAUUAAUGCGGAUCAUAAUAAAAUAAGAAGUUACUUAGAACUGGAUCUUUUCCAACUCUUCAUUGACAAAACAGUCUUCGCCAUAUUUUAUUAUGUCGAUUAUGUCAGUAGAUAGAGCCCUGCACAAAUAAAAACUGUACGCUACUUGAACCUAAACUGAUCCAUACCGAUACGAAUAGAACUAAAAAGAAAUAAGAGAGGAAAUACAUCUAGUUCACACUGCAGAUUGUAAAAGAAAAAAAGUUCGCUUUUUUCUAAUAAUACACUCUUUGUCGUUCAAUUCUUAUUGCUGUUCAAGGAGAAUAUACCAUAAGAUGCAGCGUAUUCUGUACUUUCUCGCUAUAUGUAAUAUAUUUAAAAAUAAACAAAGUAUAGUAUUAAAAAUAAUAAAAAUAAAGAAAAAUCCAAUUAUUUUUCACUGAAUAUGCAGCUUCUUCUACCGCCUACAUUAUUUUAACUAUAUGUGUGACUUUUGAGAAUACUACCUGAGAAAUAAAUGAUUCAUCCUAAAAGAAGAACAGUCUGACUUUCGAUUAGUAAAGAAAGCCUCAUUCUAUUCUAGGAAUUUUUGAAAACAUUAUUCGAGAAUAUUGGUUGUGUUAAAUUUGGCAAACAACGAAGUUCAAAUCGUUAAAUGCAAGGAAUGACGAGUUUCUCAGAGAUCGCAAAUCCUUCAGAUCAGAAUAUAAAUAUCCAGGGCGCUCUUUUAAAUAGAUUGAAAGAGUCACGUCAAAAGUUUCCUGAACGUUUUUCAAAAGCAAUUCAUAUACUAGCAUCUGUCGAUGGUAAUGUGGAUGGUCAAUGGAAAGAACGGUUGCAGCAGGCAAGGAACGAUCAAAGUGGGGAACGCAUUACACUUAUUCCUUACAACUUGGGAAAUUUUCACUGGAUUGGAGUGUUGAUAAAAUUUAAAGCGGACGGGCAGAUUGAAUGUGCUGAAUUCAUUGAUCCAUUGCAAGAAUCGAAUUUUAUUCCCGAUAAGUUACAAAAGCAAUUUACUGAAGUUUUUCCAGAUGCUAUUUUACGGUCAAGAACUUGUCUAAAGCACAACGAUCGAAAAUCCAGUGCAUUAGUAACUAUUGUAAACUUAUUAAAAGCAGUCGAAGAACCUGAACUUACAGAAAUAGAAUGUCCAGACACUGAUUAUUUACACGUUCAAAUCGUCAACGAUCAACAAACAAGCACUUGUUUGGCUAAAGACAAACAAUCAAAUUGGCAGCAAGAAGAAAGAAGUGUUCCAACAUCAUCUUUACUUCAAGGUAAUAGUUCGAAAUUUUACCGUUCAGAACUAACAUCGAGUAGUAAAAUAGAAAGCUUGAAAAAUCAGGAUGCGUCAGAAUUACCAGUGAAAGUACCGCGAAUAGAAAAACGAAUUGAACAGUACGAAGAGCGAGAUAGAUAUAAUGAUUUCAACAAAGAAAUGGACGAAUUAACAGAGUCGCAAAUAGUUACAGAAAAUGUUUACACUUUGAUAUCCGAUCCCUCUAUUUGUGAGACAGAUAACCGAUCGAAACUAAAAUCGUAUGAAGAGUUGAAGAAACAGUUACAGGAUAGUUUAGCUGAAUACGAUAUCAGUAAUGAAGAAGAGCUGGAAAAGUUAAUAAUAAAAAAGAAACAAGAAAUCCAGUCUCUGAAAAAUGAAGGAAAACACAAAGCUACAACGAAGCGACAAGAUUCUUUAUCAGACCUUGAACAGCUUCUUCCGUUAGUCGAUAAAAUCAAAGUUCUAAAACUUGCUCAGUCAAACAAUGAUUAUGAAACAUUAAAAACACAAUUAGACAGUGGCUUAGCCGACCAUGACAUUAGUAAUGAAGAAGAGCUGGAGAAACAGAUAAUAGAAAAGAAACAAAAUAUACAAUCUUUGAAGUAUGAAGGAAAAGUCAAUAUUGUACGGAAACGAGAAAAUUCUUUAUCAGAACUAGAAGAGCUUCAACUGUUAGUGGAUAAAAUCAAAACUUUAAAAUCCUCCCAUUCAAUUAUUGGCUAUGAAAUGCCAAAGGGACAGAUAGAGGAUGAUCAUUUGAAUGAUGAUCCAAUGGAUAGAUGGAAGCAGGAGGAAUGUCCGAUAACAGAAGAAAGUCUCAGUAACAUGUACAAAGAUUUUUGUUCUAUGCCAUCGUGUUCGGAGAGAUCCGUCAUCAGUUUAUUGUAUCAUGUUUCUCUUAAGUUAGCCAGUAACACGAUAGUUCUAGAUCAGAGUAUCGUAGUACCUGAGCGAAUAGAAAUAGAAAUAGAGAAAGAACUUGUAUGUUUGAAAGAACGGUUAGAAAUAGAAGAACUAGCAUCUUCGGAAAUUCGAAAUUCAGUUGGAGAAGUCGUAAUAAAUAUAAAAGUUGAAAAUUGGAAAUCUACUUUGAUUCCAUUGAGAAAAAUUUUCAAAGAGGUUAGUCCAUUGAAUAUGCAAGAAAUGUUUAGACUUGUCGAAAAAGUGGACAAUACAGCACAGUUAAUAAAAAAUAAAGACAUUAUUUUCUUCCUUGGAGGAACCGGAUCAGGUAAAUCCACUGCUAUUCAUUUUCUUGCAGGUUCGAAAAUGGUUGAAAAAAAAGUAAAAGGAUUGAAUCAUAUUGCUCCUGUCGAGAUAAAAAACUCAGAUCUAAAAGAUAUAACAACUUCACCAUUCUCCAGAUCCGAAACUCGAUAUAUCACACCUGUUAGAGUGAACUUUGAAGAGGUUGGCGGGUAUAAUAGUGGCAGUAUUAUUUUGUGUGAUAGUCCAGGAUUUGAAGAUACUAGUGGACCAGAAGUUGAUAUCGCAAACGGAAUAGGUAUUGUUAAAGCAAUAAAAGAAUGCAAAAGUGUAAAACCAGUUGUAUUAGUUAGUUAUAAAAGCAUUGGUGAUAGAUUUGAAGGUCUCAAAAAUCUCACUCAUAUGUUGGUGGGACUAAUUUCAGGAAUUCAGGACCAUAUUAAAGCUUUCUCUUAUAUAUUUACAAAAUAUCCUCUAAACGAAAGAAAUACAAUUCAUGCAUCAUUAGAAAACAUUAGAAAAGCAAUGAAUGAUGGAGAAAAAUCGGAUAAAAGUUUCAUGAAUUUCUUUACAGAUAUGUUGCACAAAACAGAAGAUGGUGCACAAGUCAUAGAUCCAAUCAAUGAUAAGCCUGGAAAGAUCCUCGAUAAGCUCGCAGAAUCUACUGCUAUUCAUUAUCCGGACGAAGUUUUUCAAUUUUCUAUUACAGAAAAAUCUAAAGCUACUGUACAGGAGCAAGUGAGAAAACAUCAAUUAAGUAUCAUGUCUGCAACUAAGCGUUACGAAUAUUUACUUGCAAAACAUAAACUUGAUCAAUUAGAACGUUUAAAGGAUCUACUUAGUCUAGAAUACAUUGAACAAAUUUAUAAUGAGUGUGUUCGAUAUAUAAGUAGACAUCUCUCAGAAGACUAUGAAGAAGGUAUUUCAGCUUUUAAUCGUUGCUUAAUGAAUCAAACAGUUUUGAGCAACGAAGAUGUUCAACAGUAUCAAGCACGCAUUGAUCAUGCUAAGCUUGCAGAAGAACUAAGGAGUAAGCAUUUAGGAAAGAAAGUCAUUCAUAGCAGCGCGUUUAUUCAAUAUCUGAAUCGCCAAGUAGACAUUAUGCUAGAAGAUUUACGAGAAAAAGAUAUUGAUGAUUUGUCAGUGAAAAUUAGUUUAGAUAAAAUAAAGAUCCUCUCAAAUACUUUUCUAGAGAUUGAUUAUAAAUAUAAAGAUACUUGUCAAUUAUUAGCUAAGAAAUUCGACUCCGUGGUUGACUCUUUCGAAAGUACGGUGCUGUCUAAUGAAUUUGAUAAGAGUGCUAGCGAAAUAAGAAAAUUAUACGAAGCAAUAACUAUUUUACACGAUCACUUAGAUUGCAAGAAUAUGGAAGAAAAAUACACAUGGUUAACGGAAUAUUUUCUAAAAUAUUUAAAAGAUUCAGCGGGAAAACUGAAUCCUAUGCUUACUGAAGAAAAAUUAGAAAAAAACGGUGUAGAUAGCUUAAAUAGCUGCGUAUGUAUGCUCGAAACAGCUAGUAACACAUUUGCUCUCCAACCACACGUUUCGAAGGAGGCUAUCAAUGAAGUUUAUGAAGAUUUUUUAUUCAAAAUCAUGAACCAUUAUACACAAAUUAGAAAAAAAAUCGAGGCGCAGCUUGAGAAAGAAUAUUCAUUUUAUGUAUUAGAACAGUUAGUAAAAGAGAUGACUUUAAUCAGAAUAAUUCCCAGUAUUGAAUCGAAAACGAAUCGAUCCUAUUAUGAUACAUUAGGAAAAUUAUGUGGACGCAUACAAGAAAGAAGAAGAGAUGUCGAAGAGAUAUUAAAAGGCUUUUUUCGACCAGAAGAAAAAAUUAAUUAUGAUAAGCUCACAAAAUGCAUAUCUAGUCUAAAAAGUGCGAAAUGGAUUGACGAGUAUCAACAUGGAGUGUAUUCGGAUCUAAUGGAUAAUAUUGAAGAACAGAUUAUUAAGCAUGUAAAAAAAUUGCAAGAAUCUGCGAUGGAAGUAAAUUUAGAUCUUGAUAAUUUUGAUAAAAUUGAGCAUGUAUAUAAAGUAGUAUCUGAAAUCAAUGAAAUUAAACAUGUCAUGGAACUUGUUCCGACUGUAGGUCAACAUAUAGAUGAUGUUAAUUCUUGGUUUAAAGAAAUAACAAAUAAUGUAUUCUGCGUUAUUAAAGAUACGUUUAGUUUAGAAAAGUGGAAGGAGCAAGGGUAUCAAACCCUGGAUUUUAGUAAAGCUGAAAAAGCAUUUCAUUAUUUGGAUGUUUGCAGAAAAAUACGUAUUUUGUUCAGUAGUGAUUGUAUGUCUGUGCUUAACAGUUUGGAAGAGUUCGUAAGACACUUCAGUAAUUUUGUUCAAAAAGAAAUGGAAAACUGUUUUACAAGUAUCAAACAAUAUGAAAAUAAAAAUAAGGAAGAUAUGUUCGAAAAAGUUCGAAUACUGUUAAAUCGUCUACAAGACGUAUCUGAAAUAAAGACAAAAUAUCCGCGUGUUUUUUCUUAUUUUUCAAAUCAAAAAGUAAUUGAGCAUUGGCAAAACGAAUUAUCUGAUUAUUUAAGAGAGUUAUCAGAUGAAAUGCAAAAGUUGAAUGUCACACAACAAGUUGAAGCUUUAAACACUGAGCUAUUAGUUGUAAAAGCGUUAAGUAAAUUAGAUGGUUUUUUGGUAGGCGAAAAGUAUAUCGAUGUCUAUAAAACAUAUCAAAACAUAUUCUUGUCACAAAGUAAUGAUGUUUGUAAACAAGUAAUAGAUGCUAUUAAAAAUUUCGAUUAUGAACGAGUCACUUGUGAAAUGGUGGUUUUACACUCGUCAAAUAUAGUAGGAGAACACUUUUACAAACAAGCUAAGCGAGUUCUUAAUAGUGGUUUAAAGGAUUUGAUAGAGGAUACUAAAAUUCAAGCGAUUAUGCUAGGAAAUAAUAUAGAAAUAGAGGGAAUAAAAUCUAUAGUAGAAAAUUUGAGGCGAAUGCAAAGAGCAAAACAGUUUACAUCGCAAUACCUUGAUGCACCAGACGAAAUAGAUGGAUGUGUAGCAGAAGUUAAAAAGUUGAUUGAAGAGCGGAUAAAGAGUUUCUUAAAAGGUGUAAAAGCUCUCAGUAAUAUCAACAAUUUCUAUGAAGCAGAUAAAAAAAUAGAUUCAAUCACGUUGGUGCGUACUUUGUUGGGAAAGUAUUGUACUGAAGAUAUUUUCAACCAAAUCGAAGCAUUGAAAGAAAGUCAAAAUAAUGUUGUGUUAAAAGAUGUAGUAAAUAAAUAUUCAGAAAUGGAUAUCACUGGAUAUACCUUGAACCCACCAACAGAUAUUUUUGAAAAAUUCAAAGUAGCCAACAAUACAAAUCCGAUUUAUAAUCAGGCCUCACAGAUUAUACAGGAGAAAAUUGUUGCUAAAUUCAGAGCCGAAUUAGAACAAGCUAAGUCGCAAAAGCCGCCUGAGCCAGAAAACUUACAUAUAAGAAAGUUUGAGUCUGCAGUUAAGUAUUUACCGGAAGGUAUGAGAAAUGCUCUUGAAGUAGAAUUAAAACAUUGUAAAGAUGAUAUUCUUCAAAUUAUUCUAUGUAACGAUAAUAAUUUAACUACUGCAUUUAAUAGUGGAGAUCUAAAACCUAUCAAAAAUUUUCUUCUCGAAUAUCAAAGUUCAAAAGUUAUGCAGCCUUCUGUUACUAAGAGUCGAGAGGUUGUUUUGAAACAAGUACAAGAAAUUACCUUGAAAAUAAAUCAAAACUUUGAACAACAUGAUAUUAGAGAAGCAUUAGGUAAUGUACAAAAACUAUAUGAAUACAAAAUCGAAUUAGAAAAUGUUGUGGACUUUAGGCGAUCAUGUUCAGAAGUACAAUUACGAAUUACAAAAACAUUCCAAGACGCAUACCUUGGUUUUAUGAAUCGAUUUUUUAAUCCAAAUAUAUCAGUAGUCACUAAUGAGACAGUUGAAGCGGGAGAGAAAAGUUUUAUUUGUUUAAUUGAGUUUAUGAAGUUUACAGAUGAGCUUAAAGAUCAACAUAUUUUGAGUCAAAUGUUUCCGGAAGAUUUUAAUGAAAAAAUGAAUCGUUUGAUCGGAAAAACUUUCGACUAUUCUAGUGAACAUCAGAAAAAGUACAAAGAUGCUUUGGAAAAAAUAGAUAUUGUAUCUCUUGUAGAUAUUCUGGAAACUACGUAUAAGUGGAAUUUCUUAUUUACAAAAAUAGAAAGUUCUGCUAGUAUGUAUAGUAAUAAUGAUACAUUAGUGAAUACCUUUAUCAAGGUUAUAGCAGAACUGACACCUUAUUCACAUAUGUUAGAUUCAGUAUCUCAUAAAAUUGAAGAAUUAAGAGGCGAGCUGAUUAAUAAAGAACUUAUCAAUGACGAUACGAAAGAAUUCAGCACACAUCGAGAUGAAUUUUAUAGGAAAUUAAAUGAAAAACUUUCUAUUCUGAACAAGGCUAAGCUGCUUGGUGAGCAUAAUAUAGGUAUUGAUGUAAAAAAAGUUGAACAAGAAUGUCAAGAAUCAUUAGAGAGAAAAAUCAGAAAAAUUUCCUCAGCUAUUGAGACGUUUUUGGAAAAAUUUUCGGAAGAAUCCAGAUUGACAAGACAGGAAUACGACAACUUUGAUUUGUACUAUACUAACUUGACUUCAUUUAAACAAGAAAUAAAAGUGACGCCACAUUGUGGGAUUCACGAAAAAAUCGAAAAAAUUGAUAAAAGAUUUUUUGAUAAAAUUCAAACGUGGGAAAGGUUAGCUGAAAGGACAUUAACGGUUCAAAAUGUUGCGACAAGCUUGAUAAACAUGAAGCGCGCUGCAAAUCAUAUUUCUUCGUUUAAGGUCAGGAUAAAUGGAAGAAUAGAUGAAGUGCUAAAUCAUUAUAGAAGUACGGCAAAAGAUGCCAUGGCUCUUGCAAAGUUAGGUGCAAUUUUAAACCAAGAUAAAAGCGGUACAGGUCAAAGUAUUAUUUCAGAGCAUCAAAUAUUUCAAGGUUACUCGUUGUCCCUAUUCAAUGAAAAAACUCGAAAGCACGACAUAAACUAUGUACUACAACAUUUAAAGGGUGACUUUGUUGAUAAAAAUCAGUUGAAAAAACGAUACGACGAAUUUCAUGCUACCUAUGAGGUUUUAAUCAAACAGUAUCUUACACCCAAUAUCGAACUAGAUAAGUUAAUUUCUGACAUUAAACUAAUUGCUGGAAAUACUAAACAAGAGCCAAACUGUAUUGUGUGGGACGCACCUGUAAGAAAUAAAGUUCCAAGGCUAACGGCACAUAUUUUUGCCUUGUGGACACUUAAAAACGCAGAACAUUACUUUGAAGCUGAGGGCUCAGAAGAUAAGAACAACUAUCUUCUUCAGCCUCAUGCAGCCCAAAUAAUCUCUAUCUUUCGCAUGCUCGGUAUUGGUGAUACGAAAGAAGAAUUGAACAACAAUUUGGUACAAAUAGGGACUGGCGAAGGAAAAUCUGUCACAUUAGGAGCCACAGCUUCACUAUUUGCACUGCUUGGUUUUGAUGUACGCUGUGCAUGCUACAGUGAGUAUUUAAGUCAGAGAGACUACACAGCGUUUCUAUCGUUAUUCGAUUCCUUGGGUUUACUCAACUAUAUUCGUUACGGUACCUUCAAUAAACUAUGUGAAGAUAUGAUUAAUGAAAAUGGUGACAUUCGUCAAAUAGUAGAACAUUUAGUUUCUAAAGGGUCCAAUGAUGCAAUACAAAAUAGACAACACAUUAAGCGUGCUAAAAUACUAUUAAUUGAUGAGGUUGAUGUUUUCUUUAGCCGAGAAUUUUAUGGCAAUGUAUACACACCAUCAGCUAGCUUGCAAGAUUCUAGUAUCACAUCGUUGGUCAAUUCUAUUUGGACACAGAGAAAAUAUUUAAACCUCAAAAGAGUGAAAGCUACAGCUGAAUAUAAAGUUUGUUGCGACAGAUUUCCGAAAUGGGAGUUAUUGAUUGAAGAAGCUGUCAAAGAUAUGCUUUCUGAUGUAAAUAACUAUGAGUCUCAUGAUUAUGUUGUUAAUCAGGAUAAAAUUGGAUAUAUAGAACAGGAUAAUAUUGUAUACAAUGUUGUUUAUGGUUAUAAAACUUUAUUUGCAUAUCAUUCUGAAUAUGAGAAGGGUAAUGUCAGCAAAGAAAGUCUAAAUGAAAAUAUAAGUAUAAGAAUCAAGUGCGGCAGUUUUUCAUACGCUGAAAUACCACUCCAGUUUAAAUAUAUUAUGGGUGUUACGGGAACGUUAGAAACUCUAAGUGAUCCAGAGAAGCAAGUAAUACAGAAUGUGUAUAAAAUCGCUAAAAAUACAUAUAUCCCAUCUGUGUUUGGUCAAAAUAAUCUUAAAUUUAUCGAAAAAGAUGAUAUUAUGAUUGAGAAUAGUGAUGAUUAUUUUAAUGUUAUAAAGAGAGAAAUUGAUAACAGAUUAGUAGGUAGAUCAUCAGGAAAACGUGCUGUAUUGGUCCUUUUUGAAUCAAAACGAAAAUUAAGAGAAUUUUAUGAUUCAAAUGUCUUGGCGCCACUAAAAGAAUUGGUUGCUUAUCUAACAGAAGAAGCGUCACUAGAAGAAAAGGAGAAUCGGAUUAAACGUGCAACUGCGUCUGAUCAAAUAACUUUAUUAACCAGAACUUUUGGCAGAGGAACUGACUUCAUAUGUCAUGAUCAAAAUGUCACCGCAAAUGGCGGUACUCAUGUCAUUCAAACAUUCCUUUCGGAAGAGUUGUCAGAAGAAGUGCAAAUAAAAGGUAGAACUGCGAGGCAAGGGAAUUUUGGAUCUUACAGUAUGGUGUUGCUUGAUCGUGACCUAGAGAAAUUUCAUAUUGAAAAAGAGAACAUUGAAGAUGUUAAAAAAGGUAAAGGAAUUCUAACUCGUAUUGCUGGUGCGCUUCACCUCACAGAGAAAAGAUAUGAUACGGUAUAUGCUCUACUUCAUGACAAACGUAACUGUUUAUUUAAAACUCAAUAUGAAGCCAAUACAAAGUAUGUUGAACAAGCAAAAGAAAGACAUCAGGCUGCUCAAAAUUUUUUAUCAAGUCUUAAUUCUGGAGAGAUCGAUUCUGUUAAAAAGUUUUUAGGUGAAGAAAAUAAAGGAGCAGAGGGUAACUGGAAAUCACGGACUGUUUGUCUGAUGGAUGCAACGGGUUCAAUGGUCCAUUUGUUGUAUAAUUGUAAACAUACAGUGGGCACUAUGUUUGAGCGCGCUUCUGAAAUUCUGAUAGAUCAUGGCAUCAGUUCAGAUUCAUUCCAAAUUCAGUUUGUUGUGUACCGAAACUAUGAUAGUCGAGAAGAUAAGAUCCUGCAAAGUUCUCCUUGGGAGACAAAGCCAGAUAACUUGCGUGCAUUCAUGAAUAAAAUUGAGGUUGAGGGAGGUUGGGGCAAUGAAGCGAUUGAAAUUGGUUUAUGGCAUGCUAAUAGAGAAAAUGAGAGAGAAAAUAUCACGCAAGUUAUUUUGAUAGGUGAUGCGCCUCCAAAUACAAAGAACGAAGUAAAUGAGAAAAGACAGAGGUAUGGACAAAGCUUUUGGAAAAAAACUAAAUUUGCACAGUCAACCUAUUAUGAAGACGAGUUAGCAAAACUGGAAGUGGAUGGUAUUCCAGUACAUGCUUUUUUUGUCGAACAGCGAGCGGAAGAAAGUUUUAAGAAGAUUGCAAAGAAAACAGGAGGACGAUGCGCAAUGUUAGAUAUAAACUCUUCUUCAGGCUCAGAAAUGCUGACAGAUUUGGUGACUGAAGAGAUUCUACGGAAUGUCGGGGGUUGUUUAAAAGGAGAUGAUCUUGUCAAAGCAUAUAGAAACAAAUUUGGAAAGAGUUUUACAUAG